UUUUUGGAAGCCUCUAGAACCCACAGUCUCCUUCACUCUCUUCCAUAAAAGCCCUUUCUUUCGAGCCCUACCGUCUUCGCCUCUCAAAGCCCCUCUGUCAUUAGCGUUAGUUUCUGCUUUCUCACGCGAUCACGCAUUAACUCGCUCUCUGUAGAUUCUUAGAUUGAAAAUGGAUGAGGAUUUUGAUAUCCCGGUGGCGGAGGAUAUGAUGAACGAGGACAUGGAUGUUCCCGACGAGAGUCCCAUUUUGAAAGUCGGAGAAGAAAAGGAGAUCGGAAAGCAGGGCUUGAAGAAGAAGCUUGUUAAGAAAGGUGAAGGUUGGGAAACUCCUGAAAACGGUGACGAAGUUGAAGUUCAUUAUACGGGGACGUUGCUGGAUGGAACUCAGUUCGAUUCAAGCCGUGAUAGGGGGACUCCUUUCAAGUUCACUCUUGGUCAAGGACAAGUUAUUAAAGGAUGGGACCAAGGUAUUAAGACAAUGAAGAAAGGAGAAAAUGCUAUUUUUACCAUUCCUCCUGAGCUGGCAUAUGGUGCGUCUGGCUCACCACCAACCAUUCCUCCUAAUGCAACACUCCAAUUCGAUGUUGAAUUGCUAUCUUGGACAAGUGUCAGGGACAUUUGCAAAGAUGGUGGGAUAUUUAAGAAGAUACUUACUGAAGGGGACAAAUGGGAGAAUCCAAAGGACCCCGACGAAGUGCUGGUUAACUAUGAAGCUAAGCUUGAGGAUGGCACGGUGGUUGCAAAAGCUGAUGGUGUAGAGUUCACUGUUAAGGAGGGUCAUUUCUGUCCUGCAUUGGCAAGAGCUGUUAAGACAAUGAAGAAGGGAGAGAAGGUACUCCUUACAGUGAAGCCACAAUAUGGCUUUGGUGAGAAGGGGAAGCCAGCCACUGGUGCUGAAGGUGCAGUGCCUCCAAAUGCCAGUGUGCAGAUUACCUUGGAGUUGGUUUCAUGGAAAACUGUGACUGAGGUUACUGAUGACAAGAAGGUUAUAAAGAAGAUCUUGAAGGAAGGGGAGGGAUAUGAACGUCCAAAUGAGGGGGCUGUUGUCCAAGUGAAAUUGAUUGGGAAACUGCAAGAUGGUACUGUCUUCCUGAAGAAGGGUCACAAUGAAGGAGAAGAGUUGUUUGAGUUCAAGACAGAUGAAGAGCAAGUCAUUGACGGUCUUGAUAGAACUGUGAUGACGAUGAAGAAGGGUGAAGUAGCUCAGCUGACUAUUGCACCUGAGUAUGCUUUUGGGUCAUCUGAGUCACAGCAGGAUUUGGGUUUGGUGCCUCCUAACUCAACUGUGUACUAUGAAGUUGAGUUGGUAUCAUUUGUCAAGGGAAAAGAAUCAUGGGAUAUGAACACCCAAGAAAAGAUUGAAGCUGCUGGUAAAAAGAAGGAAGAAGGAAAUGUAUUGUUCAAAGCUGGCAAAUAUGUGAGAGCUUCUAAGAGAUAUGAGAAGGCUGUUAAGUGUAUUGAGUAUGAUUCUUCCUUUAGUGAAGAGGAGAAAAAGCAGGCUAAGGCAUUGAAGGUUGCCUGCAAUCUGAACAAUGCUGCUUGCCAGUUGAAGUUGAAGGAUUACAAGCAAGCUGAGAAGCUGUGCACCAAGGUUUUAGAAUUAGAAAGUGCAAAUGUGAAAGCUCUGUAUAGAAGGGCUCAAGCAUACAUCCAUCUGGCAGACUUGGAUUUGGCAGAGUUUGAUAUCAAGAAAGCUCUUGAGCUUGAUCCUGAUAAUAGGGAGGUUAAGCUUGAAUACAAGGUUUUGAAAGAGAAGAUUAAGGAGUACAAUAAGAAGGAAUCCAAAUUUUAUGGGAACAUGUUUGCCAAGAUGAAAAAAAUGGAGUCUAUUGAUUCCAGUGAAUCAGCAGCUAAGGAACCUGAACCGAUGAGCAUAGAUAGCAAGGCAUAGGUUGCCGGAGACCUUAAUAAUGACACGAAAAAGGUUUUUAUGGUUUAACUGCUUUUAGUUUAUCUGUAGGAUAACUUGCUUUUGGCACGGAAAGAACUUGAGAUGUAAUGGAUUCUUCUAUCUCAGGAUUGUUGACAUAAAAAACUGUGUUGCGGGUGAAUUAUUUUUCAAUAUAAGACUAAGGGUACUGCCCAAAGAUUGACAA